AUGAGCGAAUCAAAAUUGCCAACUGAUACUGAAAUUGCAUCCAUCAUAAAAUUUAUCGAAGAUUUGAAAGUUCCAUCGCCAUCUGGUGCUAAUGUUUCCGAAUUCGUUAAUCCAAUGAAAAAGUCCGUGAAUUGUUUUAUGAUAUAUCGUAAACUUGUUGUAAAAGAGAUGAAUUUAAAUGGAAUGUUCUAUGAAAUGAAGAAGCUUUCGAAAUUAGUUUCUAAGAAAUGGAAAGCCGAGCCUGAUGCUGUAAAAGAAGUGUUUAAAAGUUAUGCUCAAGAAGUUGCAGCUUGUUCGAAUUAUUCUUUUACCACUUCGAAACCUCGUUAUAACAAAAAAUGGAUUCAUUAUGAAGAUUCUAAAUUCAAAAAAAAACCAUAUGUUCGUCGCGAUAAAAUCAUAAGCGGAGAAAGUAAGACCGAAUUGAUAUCUGAAUAUAUCGAAAAAAACUCACCGACCAAUGAAUUUGCUAGCGUAGAACCUAAUAAUCUCUCUCCUUCAAAAGCCGAUUCGGUCGAUCUUUCAGACGAAACCUUAUCUGUUCAAUCUAUAAUAUCGCAUAAUAAACAAGCCGCUGAAACUUUAACUUUCCGUGAUAAUGUGGCAAAUACAACAGAACAAUUUAACAUACAAGCACAGUCUAAUUGUGCAUCAAAAAACAUUUUAAUACCUUCUACAUAUGAUGAAAUAAUUCAUUACUCGAGUUUUGAAAAUUACGAUUAUAAUGGAAAUUUGACUACUUUGGAAUUUUCCCCAUCUGUGGAAGAAUCAUAUUUUUCUGGCAUUACAUUGAAUGAGUUUAGAAUCUACAUUUAA